GUUGCGUGCGCAGCCAGACCCAUUACCCUAGUUACGCGUUCCUGGCAACGGGAUAUGGAGAGUAGGAGCUGAGACUCCACGGAGGAGGCCAGAACCUAGAAGCCGGAGUCAUGAAUUCUCUCUUGGAAGAGGAAGAGGAGGAGGCUUUAACGACUCGUGUUAAGGAGCCCUCGGUGAACUCAGAUGAUCCUCAAGAGCGAAUUCAGGCCCGGCGCCUCCGCAUCGCAGCGCGCCAGGAAGCUCGGAGGCGGGAAGCACUUGGAGAAUUUCUAGAUGGAAAGAAGGAGAGUGAAGAAGAGCAGUCCAAGAGCUUCAAGCAGAAAGAAGAAAGCAGAUUGAGGUUGUCUAAAUUGUUGCUCUGUGGCACUGAGCUAGUGACAAACAUCCAAAUUGCUGCUGAUGUCAGAGAGACUCACAGAAGGGUAGAGGAAGAUGAAGCAAAGCGUCAGAGAGUGGAGAAGCUGGAAAAUGAAAUCAAGACCAGUCAAGAAAAGUUUUAUGAAAUUACUGGAAAGUGGCAAGAAAGUAAGACAAAGCGGAUUCCCCAGGAUCUGUGGAAUUUACUCACUAUGCAGCAACAGCAGUGUGCCUUGCUGAUAGAGGAGAAGAACAAGCUUAUUGGUGAUUUACAACAGGAGUUAAAAGCAAAAGAUGAUCAGUAUGUGAAAGACUUGAAAAAACAGGCUGAUGACAUUAACUUGCUACUAGGGCGGAUGGAAGAACAAGUCAAGACUCUAAUCAAGACCUUCCGUCAAGAGCUCUUCCAGAUUGAGAAAGCAUUUGAGCAGGAGCGACAAGAGCUACUGACCAUUAAUAAGAAGAAAUGGGAGCGUGAGAUGUACAUUCACAAUGUCAAGGAGCUGGAGUAUCUGAUGUCCCACAUGAAGAGAGUAGAGGAUUAUGAAAAGCAAUUAAACCAGCAGAGAAUUCGGGACUCAGAAGAAUACAACUCCAUCAAGAUCAAACUGGAGCUGGAUGUACAGAUACUAGAGCAACAGCUCCAGCAGAUGAAAGCAACUUAUCAGCUAAAUCAGGAAAAACUAGAAUAUAAUUUCCAAGUGCUAAAGAAAAGAGAUGAAGAGAACACAAUCAUUAAGUCCCAGCAGAAAAGAAGGAUCAACCGAUUGCAUGAUGUGCUGAACAACCUGAGAAUGAAAACAGCAAAACAGAUAAAGCAAUAUUAUGAGGACAACGUGACUCUGACAGGGGACUAUAAACGCAUUGUGAUGCAGUUCAGGGAUCUGCAGAAAACCAUGAGGCAUUUUUCAAUUAUCAACGACAAACAGUUUCAGGAGGUUUGGAUCAUGAAUGAAGAGGAAGCAAAGGCUUUAAUAGAAAAAGCCCUCCAAGCAGAUGAAAUCAUCCAAUUACAGCAGUUGGGACUUCCCUGGACCAGACCUAACUACUGGUAUAUGGACAAUGUGGGACCCAUUUCUCAAGUCAAGAAGAAGUCAGCUACAGAGUUAGUCCAGGAGCUGUUGAUCCUAGCUAAUGAAGAGGAGCAAGAAUAUGAAAGUCAAAGAUCAGCCUCAUUAGAACAAAAGCCCAAACUGUCCCUGCCAGAACAUUUAACUCCAAGGACUGUCAAACGAAUACUGGAGAUUAUGUGUGAUGAAUCAGGUUUUCUGAUAGAGAGUAAAUUGCUGAGCCUUCUCCUUCCCCUUGAGAAGAAUGAAAGUUGUCUGCUGAAGCUAGACUCCAUCUUUGCAGCCCUUGGGAUUGAAAAUGAAGAUGAUGUUUAUGCUCUGGUGAAAUUCUUCCUUAAUUUUCAAGCCUCAAAGAAGUUCUAUAUACAGAGCGAAGAGAUCGUGAUUCCAGAGAACGAAGUCACUAAGGUCAAAAGAGAAAGUGACACUGUAUACGAGCACCAUGAACUGGCACACCUUCUUCAUUCUGAGCUCCUUCAUCCUAAUGAUGUUCUCAAGGCCUUGAAGGCUUUUGUCAUUAAUCAGCGGAAGCUCAGAGACAGGGAGGAUCCGAUACCUGUAAAGGUGGUGUCACACAGAGAGAUACGAGAUACCUCAAAGGAUUCAGAAUACUGGACAGCCCUGUGUUAUAUCAUCCCUCUCCAAAGACAGAAGCUGUGGGAUGCCCUAAUUGAUGCCUUACAGAAAUACCAUAAUGUCCUCACUCUUCGGGCCAAGCUGCUGAAUGACAACGAGUUCCUUGAGCAGCAGAACACAGAGUUGCAGCUGCUACUGCAGCAGUACAUCGAUUCCAGGAUAAACCUUGAAUUACAAGUCCCUCCCACUCAGGUAUUGCAAAUGACCUUGAAAUAGGAAGUCAAGGGUCUCAGGUGGGUACAGUGGAUGGAUCCUGGGCUGGAGCUGGAACCGUCACAAAGCUUGUAGCUUGCUUAAUCUUUCUGAGGUGGCACUUCCUUGUAGCAAUUGUUGCAUGUUGGAGCAAGCCACUAUGUGUGGUGAAUUGAUAGGUUGCUGUUGCAAUAAAAAUGUUUUAAACUAUGA